AUGUUUCGCCUGCUUCCUUGGUCCUCUGCUAUCGGGGGCAACAAGGUGAUGGCCGAGGAGCUUAAAAUGCUCUCGACCUCGCCGCACUGCGCCGCCUCGGGCGUCAGUGGCCUGCCAUUACCGCAGUUGAAGCGCAAGCGCUCUGAUUCUAGCGAUUCCGCCCCCGCUCGAGAUGCCCCGGUCGCAACCAAGCUGCGCGCCGACGAUGGGCCCUCAAAACCCGUCAGCCUUCAGCAAGACCCUUCCCUACCUGCCACCAGCGCCGUGACGGUGUCGCACCAAGCUGGGCCGGACGGUCGCGCCCAGCCGAUCUCGGAGUCGUCACAUCCGUCGCAAUCUGGUCAAAGCGCGAUUACAAAUGUCUCGGAGAUAACGCAGCAGGACGGCACUUCCCCAAAGGUCGACGCGGACACGCUACGCGAGACCCUUGAAGCGCAGCUGAGUCUGGAGGUGUUGUUGAAACACAAUGAGCUCAGGCUGAUCGAUCAAGAGAUUGCCAAAUGCCAGGUCGCGCUGGAACAACUCCGUCGAUGUGCCGAGAUACCAUAUCCGGGAUCCAUGGUGGCGGGCUAUUCGCAGUCGGUCAGCAAUGGUACGGGUGUCGCGGUCUGGGCUCCUGAAAAUGGACCUGCGCCGCAGUCGCCCGCGCCAUGGGGUGUCGUGGAGGGUCCCUACUCGCGCCACUACUCUAGAUGGCUCCUACCGGAUCCUCGAUUCGACGGUGGCGAAGUUGAGCCCGAUACUCCUCUCAGUGGGCUACCUCUCAUGGAAGGCCGCACGACGCGGGGGAGUUCGGGCGAUCUGGGCUCGCUGGCUGGCAAGACACGGCCUCAGCGCGGCUCGGCAAGUGCUAAGCUCCAGGCUCUGCCCAACGGCUACCCAGCACCCAAGGACAAGGCUGGUCCCAUGCUUAUUCGACGAAAGUCGGAUAAUGUACUUGUCAAGCUGGUGUGUCUGGACUGCGGUCGGGACAAUUUCUCCAGCACCCAAGGAUUCAUCAACCAUUGUCGCAUUGCACAUAGUCGGAACUACACCAGCCAUGAUGCAGCGGCGAUGGAGUCUGGCAAGCCCGUUGAAGUCGACGAGGCUGGCGCCGUUGUUGGCGGCCGGGUGGAGAGCUCCAGUACAGCAGGCACCGGCGGGUUCGUCCACCCGCUGAUUCGAACUGCACAUGGCAUUGAGCCAUCAUCUAAAACACCGUCGUCCUCAGCGUCUGAAGCCGCGGGCGGUAACGCAAGUCCCCGGAAGCGAUCCUGCCCGAGUCGACGGGCAUCGACCGGGGUGGAAACUCCUCGUGCGGCUGCCCGUCCCCAGUUGGAAAACCACCGUGGCACACCUGCUGCCGCUGCCACUUCGAGUCAUACUUCGUUCAUGGGCUCGCCCGCUACCCCUCACCUGUCGUCUCUCAUGCAGUCCCGGGGCGUGGGGCUGGACCUUGAUCGGUUGGUCGGGGAGGCAAAGACAACAGUGGACCUCGGCGAGUACUCUUCGGACGAGGGCGAGUCGGACAGCGAGUCUGUGGCACCACCGGAAGCGAUGAGUCACGAGCAGAAGGCAGCUGCAGUCCGUGCGGGCAGGCAACCCAUGCGGACCACGGCCUCGCAGACUGCGCCCCAGCGCCCGGGCAGCCGCAAGGGGCUCGAUAAAACGAGUCACAACCCUUUCCCCUUUGAGUCAUUGACCCCGACCAAGCCUGUUCUAUAUCAAUCUCCCUAUGGAGCGGUAUCCCGGCCGCCGCAGCUUGACGGGCUGCGAGAGGUGGACGGGACCGAGCCCUCGUCCAACCUCAGCCCAAAUACUAUCGAAUCGAACCAGGCGCCAAGUCUCGUCAGUGAUGACGACGACUAUGAAGCGGCCUCGGAUUCGGAGAGCCCUGGGCCUAGCUCGUCGGAGGCGGGCGAUGCGGAGGAGGAUUUCGGUCAUAUUGGCGUGGAAGACGACGAGGACAGCACGACGUCCACGACGGCGCCAGAGGCCAAGUCGGACAUGGGCAUGUUCCGGCGCCGGAACAAGAAGAAGAAAGAAGGGGUCAUGUCGGCCUCACUGGGACCAUUAAGUCGCAGCCGGGAUGAGAAGCGCGUGAGCUUUGCGAGCCCAGAUGCGAGCCCUGCCAAGGGCAAGAAGGACAGUCCGCGCCGGCCUAGCGGACGAUAA